CCCACUCAUUUGUUCAUUCAUCCAUCAACCCCUGCACCUACCCACCCACGCCCCCAUCAGUCCAGAGGUACAUAUUCUACAGAGCCUCAUUCGUUUGUAUCAGUUCGGUGGAGAGGAGAGUUUGAGUUAGUUCAUUCAAAGACUUGAAAAUCCUGUAGAGGUCUUCAGAUUUUUACCAGGGCCCCCGGGAUAGCUCCACACUCAAGAGUAUUACAGGGAACAGAUCCUGGGUGACUCCUGGGGACAUGUGUUCUUGGACAAGUGAGCUAAUGUCACCAAUUUGCUUAUUCGCCUAUAAAUGCCUAGGAUUAGACGACUAUACACAGAAGCAUCCAGCCCAGGGCCCGAAUCCUAAUAGAACUAAGUAUCAUCGUCUCUAGUUUUCUGGGGCUGCUUCUGGUCCCCACUCCCGAUGCCUGAUACCCUGACCUCAGGAACAACCACAGGAGAGGACUUGCCUAACAAGGGGGGCAGAGCACCAGCCUCGGGGAGAAGCAGGUUGGAUAGGGGUGCACAAUCAGGGAAGGGAAGCCUGGUGCCUUGGAAGGAGGGUAGCUGCUUCUGGGAAAGCAGAAAUGGAGUCCAUACCUCUACCUAGUACGCUUUCCACAGAGCAGGCAGUGGGGAAAUCUGACCCAGGCAGACAUUCCUCCAAUUCUUGCCUCCCAAGUGUUAUUUUGCAGAAGUGCCUGCAUGUUAGGAGUGUGGAGACCAACAGCUAGAGCUGCAGUCUGAUCGAGGUGCUCAUUACCUGGGGAGAUCCAGAAGUGAGAAGGACUGCACAGGAUGAGCAGGGUGGGGGAGCACGGCCUGCGAGGGGCCCGGUGCUGAGGCUGUAGGGGGCAGGGCGGCACCAGGCCCCAGGGCACACCCAUCACCUAGAAGCCAUCUAGAGCCCACUGGUCUCGCAAUGACAGAGACCUGGGUUUGUAUCCUGGAAGGGCCACUUACUAGCUGUGUGCACAUGGGGCUGUUAUUUUGUCUUCAGUGUUCUCGUCUAUACAAUUGGGGUGCCUCCUCUGCAGGGCUAUGAGCACCAGUGGCCACUAUGUAUGUGGAGGCUGCGUGCAGACACAGAACCCCGGCCACAGCUGGGACUCUGCAUGGUCUAGACCCAGAUUGUUUGAAGCAGACAUAUGGCUAGUAAAUCAGAUAACUUUAAGGUACAAAUGCCAUCUUCAGUGGACUGCCAGAGCCAGACCGACUUAGUGGUCCCCUUUGGUUUACAAGUAAAAACCGUCUUGGGACCUGGCAGAAGAGUAAGUCCCCAGCCAGGUGGCAGCAGGUACGCAGCCUCAGAGCCACCGCUUCCUAUCUUUGACCCCCAAAUUACAUGGGUGCAGGCUGGUCAUGUGGAUUCUGAUCUGCAAGAUGGGUUGGGUCUCCAUCAUCACCCAGCACGAGUUCUUAAAAACUUCAGCGGAAACACAGACCACAUCACAGAAUAGUAGAGGUAGAACCUGCUGCUGAACAACGCUCGUCUCUGGAACUGACAAAUCAUCUCUGCUGGUGAGUCAUUUGUCUUCUUUAUAGAGAUGUCCAACAGUACAGACACCAUGGCUGACGACGAUUAUCAAGACCCCGGGUACUUCGACACUCCCCAAAACAGCAGCCAGGCGCACCAACACUUCCUGCAGUUCCGCCAUUUCUUUCUGCCCUGCGUGUACGUGGUGGUGUUCAUCUGCGGCCUGGUGGGGAACUCGCUGGUGCUGGUCAUACACAUCUUCUACCAGAAGCUGAAGAGCCUGACGGACGUGCUGCUGAUGAACCUGCCCCUGGCUGACCUGGUGUUCGUCUGCACUCUGCCCUUCUGGGCCUACGCGGGCAUCCACGAAUGGGUCUUCGGCAAGAUCGUGUGCAAAACCCUGCUGGGCGUCUACACUCUGAACUUCUACACGUCCAUGCUCAUCCUCACCUGCAUCACCAUGGACCGCUUCAUGGCAGUGGUUCAGGCCACCAAGGCCUACAACCAGCAGGCCAAGCGGAUGAGCUGGGGCAAGGCCAUCUGCGUGUCCACCUGGGUGUUCUCCCUGCUGAUGUCCUUGCCGCAAAUCAUCUACGGCGAUGUCAGGCGCCACGACAAGUCUAUCUGUGGUUACCAUGACGACGAGAUUUCCACGGUGGUGCUUGCCAUCCAGAUGAGCUUUGGGUUCUUCCUGCCACUGCUCGCCAUGAUUGUCUGCUACUCGGUUAUAAUCAAGACCCUGCUCCACGCCCGAGGCUUUCAGAGGCACAAGUCUCUCAAGAUCAUCUUUCUGGUGGUGGCCGUGUUCGUGCUGACCCAGACGCCCUUCAACCUCGUGAAGCUCGUCCGCAGCACGAGCUGGGAGUACUACACCAUGAUCAGCUUCCACUACGCUGUCACAGUGACGGAGGCCAUUGCCUACCUGCGGGCCUGCCUCAACCCCGUGCUCUAUGCCUUUGUUGGCCUGAAGUUCCGUAGGAACUUCUGGAAACUAGUGAAAGACAUUGGCUGCCUCCCCUACCUGGGGUCCUCAGGACAAUGGAAGUCUUCAGAGGACACUUCCAAGACGUGUUCUGCCUCCCAAAACGUGGAGGCCACCAGUAUGUUCCAGCUGUAGGGCUCGUGAAGAAGCUGCAGAGACGGCUGCGUCCUCUGGAUGUGACGAGGACAGCUUUGUGUAUAGCUUAUGCACUCCAUGGAGAAGUACCCAAACGCUGCAGCUGCUGCAGAAUGCUUCGUCUCAGGCAGGAACACGUCUGUUCUCCUCAUGAACACACAGGCCUAAAGCUCAAAGGGGAGUCUGAAAACUGUAAGAGCUCUUCUGCUGCCAUCCCUGAGAAUCCUGACACAGAGGGAAAUGACGUGUGUCUCUAAAGACCUCCAGUUCUCCUUCACUGAGACUGGCACUGGAACUGAAGGUUGAAGAGGGGACGAUGGCCAACAAGGCUGCUGAUGGCAAGUGACAUUCCGGGCUCCCAAGUGCAGAAGAUUCUUUUGGUCUCUGGGAGGCAGGGGAAGUGAGAGCAGCCAUGAAUACAAGCGCGGGCCCAUUCGGCUCAGACCUCAAUCACCAGGCUCCUGAUGGAAAUGAGAUCACGUUUUGCCUCACCUUGGGGUUUGGCUUUUACGUAGAUAGAUGCUUAUGUUCUUUCUCUUUCAUUAAUCCUGGAAGGACUUAGCACCAGGGAAUAUGAAUGGGCUAAAACAAACGAAUUGGCUGAGAAUUCCAGUGGUCCACGGAAUGCUAGAAAAGUGUGCGCAGCAGAGUUUAAGACUGUCAUGAAUCUAAGAGGUGUUUCUGACACGUGGGGUCUGCUUGUUUAAAAAAUGAAUUACCCUGUGCCACACACACACACACACACACACACCCUAUUAUGUGUGUAUACGUAAUCCACACACACAUCAAACAGCAUAUGAUUUUCAUGACUAAGAAAGAAACUUUUUAAAAAAGUCUCCAAACUACUUUUAUCCUUCUACUUUAAUGUGGUAUGCCUGGAAUGGAUCAAAAGUGCACUGGUGGGCCCAGAACCCAAGAAAUAAGUUAAAAUUGUGAAUGUUCUAGGUACUGCUUGCUCUAUCAAGGAAGUCGAAUGUUCUAGUGAAAACAACCCAGUUCCUUCACUAUGGCUUCCAGCUGCCUGCCCAGAAGAUGAGGUGCAUUUGUUUAACCUCCACAACGUGGCCCCAGGACGAAGCAGCUGUCAUGUCAGACACCCGUGCAUGUUUAUAGACCCUAGCAGUCUGCUCAACGAGCUUAACGCCGCCGUUUUGGCUCAUGCAUCACAAACCACUCACUGAAAUAUGGAGAACCAGCGGACAACGGGCGAGGAGAGUGCACGAGGCAGCCAGAACUGGCUCAGGUUUGGACAGACCGCAGCUGAAUCCCAGCUCUGUCCCUCGCCAGUUGGUAAGACCAGUUGGGAAUCUCUUAACCUCUUUCAUUUUGGUGAAACAUGGACCAUAACAGCACCCAGCGCUCAGGGCUGGCGUGGCGAGGACCUGAGAUAAUGUGCACAAAACGCUUAGUGUAGUCUGCAUUCUGGGGCAGAAGGGCUCCAAAAUGCCAGUUUUGUUCUCACGAGAAUUAACAAUACUACUCAGCUGUAAGACAAGAUGAAACACUGCCAUGGCGACAACAUGGGUGAUUCUUGAGAGUAUCAUGCUAAGCGAAGUAAGUCAGAUAGAAAAGGUCAAGAAUCACGUGAUUUCACUUACAUGUGAAAUAUAAAACAG